UAAAUGGCUAUUUUGAAAAAUUAUGUAAAAAUGAUAAUUAUUGUAGGUGUGGAUCUAUAUAGCGGAAUUUAUCCCGUAUCUCGCGAGUGGCUCGCGGGUAUGAUUUUGCAUUCGUGUACACGGUCAUAUGACUAUUCUGACCAAUCAUGAAUAGUUUUGAGUCGUGUCAAGAUGGCGGCCUGCUUGAAGGUCGGUUGAAGUGCAGCCAAGCUUAGAGAAAAUCCCAAGGAAGAAGCCCCAGAAGUCUAUAUUUAGCUGAAAAAAUUUCAUUUGCUUCAUAUGUACAUCAUGUCUGGCGUAUAAUUUAGUGCUUUUUGGUUAAAAUGGCGAACUUCUGACAGUGCAAGGACGCCCAAUAAACUUGGCGUUAACCCAAACUAGGACCUCCAGAACAACGGCAAUAAUGGUUAUCCAGCAGCUUGUGGACGAGCCACCUUUAGUACAGGCCUGCUUUCAUGGAGAUGCUGCUGAGUUAAAACUUCUUAUAAAUCGACAAGAAGACGUCAACUACCAGGACAUUGAAAGAAGAACCGCAUUACAUGCUGCUGCUCAUUGUGGUGAAGGAGAAUGUAUAAAUGUUCUCAUAUCCAAUGGAGCAAGAAUUAAUACCAAAGACAGCAAAUGGCUCACUCCAUUGCAUAGAGCAUGUGCAUCUGGCAAUGCAGAUUGUGUCAAGACUUUGAUUAGACACUCUGCAGAUGUAAAUGCAAGAGAUAAGAACUGGCAAACACCACUGCAUAUUGCAGCUGCAAAUAAUCAUGUACGCUGUGCAGAAGCUUUAAUUCCCCACCUUGCUAAUGUGAACGUCACAGACAGAGCAGGAAGAACAAGUCUGCAUCAUAGUGCUUUUAAUGGUCAUAUAGAGAUGAUUAAUCUGCUAAUAAGCAAAGGGGCACAUGUAGGUGCCAUGGACAAGAAGGAUAGAAGACCUAUUCACUGGGCUGCCUAUAUGGGGCGCACAGAAUGUUUAGAUCUUCUUAUUAAAGCCAACUCRAGUAUAAAUUGUGCUGAUAAGAAACAAUACACUCCUCUCCAUGCAGCAGCUGCUGGCGGACAACUCACAACACUUAGAAAACUAUUAGAAGAUGGAGCUGAUGUUGAUGCACAGACCAUCCAAGGAAAUACUCCAUUGCAUGUGGCAUGCUUGAAUGGACAAGACAUUGUCAUCAGUGAACUUAUAAGCUUUGGCGCAUCAAUAAAUGCUUCUAAUUUAAAGGGCAUGACUCCUCUUCACUUUGCUGCUGCCUCAGGUCAGGGAGAUGUAUGUUUAGAACUUCUACUCAAUGAUGGUGCAAGCCCUAACUUACAGGAUAAAAAAGGACGAACGCCUUUAGUUUUUGCUGCUUUAUAUGGUCGCUGUUCUAGAGCACAAACACUCUUACAACAUGGAGCAUAUGUCGAUUCAGCAGACUAUCAAGGUAGUACACCAUUGCAUAUCGCUGCUCAAUAUGGUCAAGAACUUCUCCUUAGUGUGUUAUUAGCUAGUGGUGCUGACCCCUGCAAACAGGGAGCCCAGGGCAUGCAACCCCUUCAUUUAUCAAGUCUAGGUGGUCACACAGACUGUUGUAAAAAGUUACUUUUUUAUGGUGUUGAUAUAAAUUCUAGAGAUAUUAACGACAGAACAAGUUUGCAUUGUGCUGCCUGCAGUGGGAAUGUAGAAUGUUUAGAACUCCUUGUUAGCCAUGGUGCUGACUUUAAUGCCAUUGAUAAGCUAGGAAGAACACCUCUUCAUUAUGCCUCUGGUCAUACCAACUACCAUUGUGUAGUUUCACUGGUAACUAGUGGGUCACCUGUCAACAAAUCCGAUACCAGAGGUUGUUCUCCACUUCACUAUGCUUCUGCUUCUGACUAUGAUGCAAAAUGUGUAGAACAUCUAUUAAGAAACAGAGCCAAUGCUAACAAAAGAGAUAAACAAGGAUUUAGUGCUGUCCAUUACGCAGCUGUACAUGGACAUAAACUUGCUAUAGAAAUGUUAUUAGAUAUAGCCUCAGCAGAUUUAUUGACACAACAUUCUAAUUCGCCUUCAAUGACACCUUUUCACUUGGCGGCAUACCAUGGCCAUGCACAAGCACUGUCUGUACUUCUAGAAAGCUGUAAAAAUAUAGGAAUGAAUGUUGAAUUUAGAGAUUCUAAAGGCCGCACUCCUCUGGACUUGGCUUCAUUUCAAGGUCAUGUGAAUUGUGUAGAAAGCCUUCUUGAUCACAAUGCGCAAGUUCUUGUUUAUGAUGAUAUUUCCAAAAGAACACCAUUACAUUCUGCAGCUUAUAAUGGACACACUGAUUGUGUAAGACUAUUGCUGCAGAAUCUUGAAGAUGAAAAUGGCAUUGAUUGUGUGGAUGACCAUGGAAGAACCCCUCUAAUGGCAACUGUAGGUAACGGAUAUGCUGAUUGUGCAGCUCUACUACUAAGUGAAGGAGCUAGUGUCUUAGCUGUAGAUGAAAAUCAAAGAAGUGCUUUGCAUAGAGCUGCUGCUAAUGGGCAUGAUGAAUGUGCAGAAGCACUACUACUCAAAGAUGCUGAUGUUGUGUGCAGGGACUGUUCUGGUCGAACUCCUCUGCACUUUGCUGCAGCUUGUGGUCAUGUAGGAAUUUUAGGCAAUUUAAUCCAAGUAGCUGGGAGUAGUGCUGUGCUUGAUGAUCAAGGUUUUUCACCUUUACACUGGGCUUGUUUUAAUGAACAUGAUGCUUGUGUUGACCUUCUCUUAGAGAGUGAUAAAUCACAAGCGUUAGAAGGCAAUUCAUUCACACCAUUACACUGUGCUGUAAUCAACGAUAAUGAAUCUUGUGCAGAAUUACUACUAGAUACUUUAGGAGAUGAUAUUGUCAAUUUACCAGAUAGUAAAAAGAGGACGCCAAUGCACGCGGCUGCAUACAACGACCAAGUAGAAUGUCUUCAGUUGCUGCUGUCAAGAGGAGGAGACGCAAACAGUAUUGAUUGUAAUGGUAAAACCGCUCUCAUGGUAGCAGCAGAAAAUGGACACUCUGGAGCAGUAGACUUGCUGGUUGGAGAUGGCAAUGCAGACACAACAAUAAUGGAUACAGAAAGCAACACAUCACUUCAUUUAUCAUGUAUACAGGGCCAUGUAUCGUGUGCUUUGACAAUAUUAGAUAAGAUGCCUGACAGCGCUAUUAAUAUAGGAAAUAAUUCAUUCAAAACUGCACUUCACUUAGCCGCAGCCAACGGGAUGGUACCUGUUGUACAAGAACUACUUACACGUGGCGCUAACGUAUUUGCUGAGGACGAAGAUGGUCACACUCCUGCCCUGUCCUGUGCACCCAAUCACCAAGUCGCAGACUGUUUAUCUCUAAUUCUUGCAGCAAUGCUACCACGUGACAUUUCAUCAUUGAAUUCAACUCGGCAAGAUUCGUUAAAUGUCUCGAAACUGGAAGACACGACGAACUUCAAACCUGUCCACAAUGCUACUGCCUAGUGGCAGAAACUCGAAUAAAACAGGUUGAAAACCUGUAAUACCUGUAAUUCCGUGCUCUGGAAUGGUCGGUUAAAUGUGUGAUCUUUUAUGGUACGAUUGGAAGCUCCAUGCAAAGAGGACAAAGAUUCUGUAAAGGCAUAUCUAACGCGUGGUCUCCCGAUAAUCGUAUCGGUCGCGUGACAUUCUGUAAAACGACUCAAUAUGACCAGUAAUAUACGUCAUAGAUCCUACAUGGAUACACUUUAUUCAGAGGUGUUUCCACAAGGUCUAGUGCGUCGUAUAAGUGUCACACUACCAGCCUCUUAAUUUCUCAAAUUUGCAAAGGCGAUCUGUUAAGUGCUUGCUCAAUUUUUGUUUUUCAUUUGAUGGGAGGGAUGCUAAUGGGUGUGACUUGAGAACAAUUAUACGCAAAAAUUGAGUAUUCCGGAGCAUGCAACUCGACAAAUACACUCAAUCGAAUGGGCGUCGGGCUCAAAAUCGUAGAUCCCAGAAGCUAGGAACAAGAAUAUGACUUAUCCUUUAUAUCGCCAUUGUUACAUGUCAGCUGCAGAACAAAUGUGCUUUCCAUGUGCCAUUUCGCUUUCUAACCUCCUUCGCAGGAUAAUGCAGUUGAAAGGACCUUUUUCUCUUCUUGGUCUCCCUGUGUUGAUAAUCAUGACCGUGAAGAACUGGUGUCGAGAAAUUAGAACACCGUUCUCCGCGAGGUAUUUGGUUACAGCAUCUAUAUAUGAUUUUGAACCCGACAACUUUGAUUCAAUUGAGUGUCAGUAUUCGGCGGUCAUAACGCCUUAAUUCAGUUUCUAUUAUUAAUUGAAUCACAUACACACAUACUUUUUACAUUUAUAUAUAUUCUUAAUGAAGCAAUGCUUAUUCGACUAUUUGCUAAUCAAGUAUGAAUGUCUUUUAAAACAAUAUGAAACCAUUUCAUAAAGGGUUUUACUUAUUUGUGUACAUGAGUUUUUUUAAGUAUACUUCACUCGAAAGUUGUUGAAUAAUAACUCUGGAACCGAAUUAA